AUGGAGCAAGCUAAUCUAACCACCGACUACGCCAUGAUGUUCAACGCGAUGAAAUCUGAACUUAAGCAGAUUAGUGAACAACAAAUUGAGGAAAUACACAACCGUUUUGAUCAACUCUCCAAGAGAUUCACGAGAGGCUCUCGAUCUAGAUCUCAUAACCGAAAUCGAAGCGGUACCAAGGGGGCAAAUUAUGAGGACUACUCGGCAAGUGAGGACGAAGAGAGAGCUGAGAAGCCUAAGAGGGACAGUUCUAAGGAGGUGCUUCGGGGACUUAAAAUUAAAGUUCCUACCUUUCAAGGUAAGAGUGACCCUGAGGCUUACUUGGAAUGGGAAGGCCGAGUUGAAAUGGUUGCUACUGUUGAGUUCACCGAGUAUGCAUUAAUUUGGUGGGAUCAAGUAAGGACUGGAAGGAGAAUGAAUGGAGAACCACAAGUCCGAAGUUGGCAUGAACUCAAGGCAAUGAUGCGCAAGCGAUUUGUUCCAAGCUACUAUAAUCGAGAUCUCUAUUCGAAGUUACAAACUCUCACUCAAGGCAAUAUGAGUGUUGAGAAUUACUAUAAGGAGAUCGAGAUGGCCAUGAUGAGGGCUAACAUCCAAGAAGAUAAUGAGGCUACAAUGGCGAGAUUUCUUAGAGGUUUAAAACCCAAACUUCAAGAAGCUUUGGAGUUACAACAUUACUUGGAUAUUGGUGAAUUGCUUGAGUUGGCUAUUAAAGCCAAAAGAGGAAAGAAACAAAGGAGCAGUGGCCGUGAACCAAAGGAGGAAAGACCACUCAAAAGGGAUAAGGAGUCUAUUACACCAGAUGAAAGGGCCGAGGUUGAGGAAGUUGUCGUUGAAGCAGAAAAGUGGAAAGAUGAAGCUGUUAAUGAGAAGUGUGAGGUAACAGUUGAGAGUGCAUAUGAGGUAAAAGUUGAGGAAAGUGAGCUAGAAAAAGAGGUAAAAGAAUCUGAUAAGAUGAGUGAAGCAUCAAAUUUUGAUGAGAAGUGUAAAGAACCAGCGCUGGAUUCUCAAGUUGAAUCAAUUGGUGGAAGGAACAUUGAAGUAUCAAAGGGAGUUUUCACAUUUAAAUCUUGUUCUACACCUUCUUACCGUUUAACUAAUGAUGUCCCAUUGCUUCUUUAUCCAAUUUCUGGUUCGAAACAAGCUGAAACUUAUUUCAUUUUUGUAGAUGUUUCGACCACUAAUGAACUUGAUGCAUCCUUGACUAGUGCUGCCACUCACCUUUUGCAAGAUUACCAAGAUGUGAUUCCUGAAGAUAUACCUAGUGGUUUGCCACCUUUAAGAGGAAUUGAACAUCAAAUUGAUUUCAUUUGUGGAGCUUCACUACCUAAUAAAGCACCAUAUAGGACUAAUCCUAAGAAAACCAAGGAGCAACAAAGGCAAGUAGAUGAGCUACUUGGAAAAGAGUGGAUCUGUGAGAGCCUAAGUUCUUGUGCGGUACCUGUCUUACAUGUACCAAAGAAAGAUGGAGGAUGGAGGAUGUGCAUGGAUUGUAGAGCGAUUAACGCCAUUACGGUUUUGGUCUCAUAUGAAUUGAUUGAAGACAAAAGGAGUUUCACAGCUUUGACACAUCGUGGUAUUUUGGUGAUAUCUUGA